AUGUUGAAAUUCCCUUUAUUUUACAGUCUCUUGUCCUUUUUCAUUUUAAUUAGGCCAGGUAAUUCUUGUAUGCCUGGCUAUGAAAAUGAGAGAGCCCGUUUGAGACAAUAUUUAGGCAUUGAAUGGAGGCCUAGAGGGUUGGAAAGGAUGGAUGAUGGUAUUUUAGAUUAUUUUAAAUUUAAAUGUUGUUAUUUCUUAUCAGAACAACAAGCUCGAUUUUUGCGGCAUUCAAGUGAUUUAAAUUGUGAUUUCUCUAACCCAGACAAAUGCAGAUGGAGGAAUCUUCGAAAACCUGGAUUUGAUACAUUAGACUUUCAUUUAUUUAGGAAGGAGGAUUAUACUGAAUUUCCGGCAAGUGAAAGACGAUACUGUUUAAAAUAUAAAAAUUUCUCGAUUUUUCAGAUGCUUCAGGUUAGGCCGGGUCCUUCAAGAGUGCGUGUAGGUGAGACGAUUGAUUACUGUUUAAAAUAUUCUUUUUAA